AUGUCUCUCCUCCGCCUGCCCUCGGAAUUAAUCCAAAUGAUAGGCUCAUUCCUAGAAGCAGAAAGAGACCUAUACACAUUAUGUCAAACUAGCAAACGACUCUACAUGGAACUUAUUCAACAUCUCUAUCGCCUGAACUCUCAAAAUUCAAGCUCGGCACUGGUAUGGGCUGCCAUACGCGGAAAUGAGGGUACAGCUCAAAGGUCAAUACAAGAAAAGGCGGAAAUCAGAUUCACGGAUUAUAGUGGCCGGGGACCAAUAUUCUGGGCCACAGAGAAUGGCUAUGAGGUGGUAGUGAGAUUACUCCUUAAGGCUGGACAGGUAGACGUGGACGUAAAGGAUGAGCAUCAUCGAACACCAUUAUUCUGGGCCUCAUCGAAUGGCCAUGUUAAAGUGGUGGAGCUAUUUCUUGAGACUGGGAAGGUGGAUGUGAACUCAAAGGACUGUGUGGGUCGGACGCCGCUGUCCUGGGCUGCAGAAAAUGGCCGUGAGGCGGUCGUGGGAUCACUCCUUGAGACUGAACAGGUGGACGUGGAGUCAAAGGACUCCACGGGAUGGACGGCAUUAUCCUGGGCCGCGCGACGCGGUCAUAAGGCAGUGGUGCAGUUGUUACUCAAAACUGAGAAGGUGGAUGUGAACUCAAAGGACUGUGUGGGUCGGACGCCGCUGUCCUGGGCUGCAGAAAAUGGCCGUGAGUCGGUCGUGGGAGUACUCCUUGAGACUGAACAGGUGGACGUGGAGUCAAAGGACUCCACGGGAUGGACGGCAUUAUCCCGGGCCGUGCGACGCGGUCAUGAGGCAGUGGUGCGGUUGUUACUCAAAACUAAGAAGGUGGACGUGAACUCAAGGGACUGUGAGGGUCAGACACCGUUUUCCUGGGCCGCGAGAAGUGGUCAGGAGGCGGUAAUGCAAUUGCUCCUUGAAACUGGAGAGGUGGACGUGGAGUCAAAGGACGAUGAGGGCAGAACGCCAUUAUUCUGGUUGUUGAGAUGUAAGUGUAGCAUAUAUCGCAUUUCCUAUGGUGUUUCGGCUGCGCAGCUCGCAUAUGGGAAUAAGUGA